AUGUGCUUCGGCUCCUCCAAACAACCCUCCCACACCUCCCAACCUCCUAGACCAGUCGCCUACAACCCCAACCCCAACUACCAACAACAACAACAGCAAGGACGGUACUACCACUCCGCACCCAACGCCUACACACAACAAAGUCAAAGUCCACACAACGCAUGGCAGAACGACGCAGGCCGCAGGAAGAAGAACCCGAAGGGGAGGAAGUGGGGGACUGUUGGGCAUGGCGGAGAUGGGGGCUCCGGGUUUGGUUCGGGCGCUGAUGGGGGAGGAUGUGGAGGUGGAGAUGGAGGGGGAGGAGGGGGAGGAGGAGGAGGAGGAGGAGGAGGAGGAGGAGAUGGUGGUGGUAGUUAGGGGGCUAGCUUUGGGUUUCUUUUUUUCUGUUUAUGUGUUUUGUUUAUUGUAUAGUCUUAUUUGGGAUGGUGGGCUUGUGAAGUUUAGGGUUGAUGUUAUUUGGGUUUAGGGUUUUAUAUGGUUAAUAUGUUUAGGGAUGUUGAUGAUGGCUGGGGGAUUAAGAAAUAGUCUUAUUCAUUUGAAAGAAUAUGUCUUUCAUGAAGAAACAGGUUUAAAUAUUAAACCCAAGACUAGUAUAGUAUGUAUUGUAUGUA